AUGGGGGCACAUAUGGCUGACUCAAUUCGAGGUGUGGCAAGUAGGAUGUUGGGAGUGGCUUUAGGGAAUGUCAAGGAUCAGAGAGAGUCUUGGUGGUGGAAUGAUGAUGUUCAAGCCAAAGUGAAAUUUGAGAAAGGAUGCUUUUUGGAACUCAUGUCAUGUCCCGAAGGGCCAGAUCGGCAUAUAAAGCGAGAGUUAUUUAAAAUUGCAAAAAGAAUGGCUAAACAGGCAGUUGCGGAAGCGAAAACUAAGGCGUAUCAAGACAUGUGUAGGCGUCUAGGUACCAAGGAGGGUGUGAGUGAGAUUUUUAAACUUGCAAAAGCACGUAACAAGCGCAGUCAGGAUAUUGGUGCGGUUCGACAUAUUAAGGACGAGGGUGAUCGGGUUUUGCUUCAUGAUGGAGAUAUUACAACGAGAUGGGGCAGGAUUCGAAGAAUUGUUACCAUUUUAGUGAAUCAAUUUGGUUUUAUGCCUGGGAGGUCAACCAUUGAGGCGAUUUAUCUCAUUCGAUGUCUUAUGGAGAAAUAUCAAGAGCGUUGUAAGGAUCUUCAUAUGCUGUUUAUAGAUCUUGAAAAGGCUUAUGAUAGUGAUAUGUAUUCAGCAGUGGGGACAUGUGUUAGGACACCCGUUGGGGUCCUUGGGGAUACUCAGAAUUUUCUAGUUGAGGUAGGUCUUCAUCAAUGUUCGGUAUUCAUCCCUUUGCUUUUUAUAAUUGUUUUGGAUGUGAUUACCCAUGACAUUCAAGCUCUUGUGCCUUGGUGUAUGCUUUUUGCCGAUGAUAUUGUGUUAAUCGUCGAGUCUCGAAGUGAGGUUAAUGUGAAAUUAGAACAAUGGCGUACAUCGUUGGAGGGUUAUGGAUUGCAUCUGAGCCGUUCUAAAACUGAGUAUCUCUGGGCCAAUUUCCAUGAGGAGAUUCAUGAUGUGGAUGUUGCUGUAUGUAUUGCGGAGGCCCGUGUACCACAAACUAAUACUUUUAAAUACUUGGGUUCCAUCAUUCAGAGUAAUAGAGAUAUUUUUGCGGAUGUUACACAUCGUAUUUUGACAGGAUGGCUUCGUUGGCGGGCUGCUACAGGUGUGUUGUGUGAUAAGAGUGUACCUUUGAAGUUGAAGGGUAAAUUCUAUCGUGUAGCAAUCAGACCAUCAUUAUUAUAUGGUACUGAGUGCUAG